GACCUGACCUUGUCAAGUGUUGUAUUGGCCGAUGGCUGGGGCUUAUACUCUCGCGGCUCUGGAGUGUAUUAUCUUGUCAAAUGGUUGUGUACAAAUUGACCAACUGUGGACUUACAUGCUUGAUCGUUUCGGGAAUAGAGCCGAUUUUUUAUCCAUAAUCGGUGCUACAGUAGAUGAUCUUGAGCGAUUCAUCAAGCUGCAGCCUGCUGUUUUUCAGCUUCGCAACCAUUGUGUUUACUCCUCUGAUGGAGUCAGGGAUCAGCACAUGUCAGCCGACCCUUUGGACUGCUUUUCCCCAGUCUCACACUGUCACUCUGAAGAUCAUAGGACGGUUGUACCCAUCUCGAGGUCAGCCGCAGCCGACAUGGAAGCAGUCAAUUACUUUCGAAGUCUUCUUCGCAAAUGUGAUCGCUGGAUACAUGUAAAGAGCUUGGCUGGCCAUCUUUCUCAGGCUACUUCCCUCGUAAGAAUGAUUGUUGGACCUCAGUCGGAGCUUUGCAACUUUUUGCGCCGACAUCCCUCCGUAUUCGAAUUACAGGGAGAUUUAGUCAGUCUAUGUGACCAAAUCAGAACUGCUUUAGAUUCUUCCUCCUUUCAAUCCUCCAAAAAAAGGUCUCGCCCUUUAUCUUUUCAGAGGCUUGAUUCACCCAAUGAUGUAGGUCCCCCGGGUUGCCUUCAUCUACCUUUAACCAUCGAUCACACAUGUGCUCUGGGAGAUAAUGUUAAGCAAUGCGACACUGUAGUGCUCUCUGUAGAUGAAUGCAAAGGCGUUCUAUGGCUUUUAUAUAACGUUGAAACUUCAACGCCCACAAUCAGCACAAGCUCUUUGCUGGCGUUGCUCUCUCGCGCUCCCAAAUGCGUCUAUUUUGCGAUUGGACGGACACAAAUAGAGCUCAUGGAGUUCAUCAAAAAAUACAACAAAAUUUUUAUUACUGAUGAAUACGGCAGAAGCGUUGCCGUUAACGCAAUCGAAAACCUCAAUCUCGUUGUCGUAAUGAAGGGAUCGGAUUCUGGGAGGUCCAAUAUAUUGCUCGCUCAGAAAGGUUGUGUAUACUGUGUCAACAAGCUAUGGGGAAUACUGGACCUGGGCUUUCACGAGCACGUCUUUUUCGACCGAUCAUUGUUCAAACAUGUUACGGAUUUGUCAAAACAUUUUAAGGUGCGCGAAACUGUCUUGUUCAAUGCGGUACUUGCUCCUAAAGGAUCUCGAGCCAAAUGGCGAGCCACUUGCGUUUGGAAAGAAACCGAUCCAUUACCUGCUCACAUUCGGCGUCCGCCACUCAAGAAUGCGGAAGAGGUGGAAGACCCGCUUGAUGAUCCUGACUCUGGUCUGGACAAUUCGGACGAUGUAACGAGCUCCAAGACACCUUUGAGACAGCUUUUCGUUGAUGUUUCAGAAGCAUUCGACUAUUGUUCUGACAGGAUUGCUUCAAUUCGCUUAUCUUAUCCUUGGGAACUUCAUUUCGACACCAGUUCUUCUCGUCCUCCUGGUGACCACAGUCGGAAUGAGCAGACUGGCGAAUUUGAUGACAAACCUCCAAAGUCUGAUUUGAUGGGGUCUAUAUCGUCUAGGAGCAGCCCUGUUUCCGAAUUGAGCACCCUUUCUGGAAUCCCUAGCAUCCAAGGCUACGCAGACAGUUGCCUCACUGAACGUACGAACCCACCAUCCACUGUGAGCGUUUCUCACUGUUCGUGUUCUGACAACGGGUUAGCGAGGACUUCAACUUCCUCAGCUGCUACUCAGACUUUAUUCACUGGAGAGAUUAUGGCCACGAAGUUGUAUCAUGAAGACGUGGGUAAAUUGGUCUAACACGCCCCCUGCCAUCAUGUUUUUCACUCUUUUAAUCCGCAAGCAUUACUUUCAUUGUCAUACGAACUGUUAUUCUUAUUCGGGUUAGUUCAUGUUGACCUCCGUUCUUUUCCCACACAUUACUUUAACUGCACCACGGUCGUUAACACCCACAACUCUCACUUGGAUUGCGUCACCUCGCGGUCCUGUUGCAGCAUUUCUCUUUUCUGUCCAACCUUUGGCUGUGAACUCCCAGCUCCGCAUACCCUAUUGCCACGAAGGCUGUGCACCCUGCUUUUUUCUUCGCUUAUUUUGGAUUAGAUUGCACUUAUUUCAACCUCAGUUAUUCACGCCCACGCCAACCAUGACCACCGAGACGUUAAUCGGAGUGUAGUCUUGUGACAUGCAUGCAACGAUGAGCUUACGAAGACCUUUCUUGUCCUCACAUAUUUCCUCCUCAGAUUGUUCUUGUUUCAGGUCGUUGCGCCCACAUUUCUCUCUCACAUGUCUGCACCAUCCUGUAGGAUACAAUGUAUUGAUAUUUGGCCUCAUCAGUGUGCGUGUGUAUGUCAUCGAUCUUCAUUGCCCGUCGACGUAUUUUUCGCACAUGUGCGAGGCUAUGUGUGUCUAUGUGCUUUUUACCUUUCGUCAUGACGUUUCCGCACGAUCAAGUGAAUUGACUGUUUGCAUUCUUGAACAGAUUUUCAGUUGCUGCCAUGGCAUUCGAUUCUACUGAAGAACUGUUCUGAAGCUUGAAUGUGAACCAUACUUCUUUGUUUAUUAUGCUCUAUUAUCUCUUACGGGCACACUUACUUUGCUUUUGUGAUACCUUUUAUUUAGUUUUAUCUAACCUUUUACAAGUAUUGCAUAUUUUUUCGGACUUGGCAAUAGAAGUUAUUUCUUCACUUUUAGUUUCAUAUGCACGCGUCAUUGUUAGUUCACUUAUUCACCGUGAUCAAUUAUGAUGGCGAGAUAGACAAUACCAUACAUUCUCCAUGAGGCAAUCAACUCGUGGACAAUAUACCUGUUUUGCUUCGGUCACUGGUUAACGGGUUGGUGUUUAUCACCCGUCCGUUCCCGUUGUUCGUAGGUCUUCC